UGUGUGUUCUUAUUUCCGUUUCCCCUUUCAAGCUGGCAGCAGCAGUUUAAUGAAGACAGAGAGAAAGGUACAAUAUGCAAUAUGAUACUUUCUCACUGUCCUCCCCUCCAGCCCAAUACUCAGGAAGGGCUUGGCCCAGCUUUGAUAACUGCUUUGCCUCUAACUCAGCUCUCUACCAGCGGACCGGACAGUGUCCCUGCAGCGGGCGGCCGUGAAGUCUGAGCCAAGGCCAUGGAGGGCUCUGUGCUGAGCCCCACAUCCUGGGAGAAACGUCGGGCCUGGCUGCGUCAGAGCAGGCACUGGCAGACCCAGGUCCUGGAAGAGGAGGCGGCCGCUGCUCUGCAGGAUGUCCCGGAUCCUGAGCCUUCCAGCCCUGAUGAUGUUUUCCAGGAAGGGAAUCCAGUCAACAAGAUUGAAGGCUGGCUGCAGGAUUGUGGAUAUUCUGAAGACGGGUUUUUUGAGGAAGCAGGACAGUCGAUCUGCAAUGGGUGCUCCAGCCAUGGAACCAGCUUUGAAGAUGACUUGACCCUGGGAGCAGAGGCCACACUGUUGGCCGCCAACAGCAAACUCUUCUCCAGGAGUUUCCUGGAGACAGCCCGGCUUGGACAGCUACGGGAUCUUGGCUGCAGUUUGGCUUCUAGCAGCAUGACUGGUGGGACCAACAAGACUAGUUCCAGCAUCUCAGAGAUUCUGGACAAGGUGCAAGAAGAUGCAGAAGAUGUCCUUUUCAGUCUGGGUUUUGGCCAAGAGGACCACAAAGACACUUCCCGGAUUCCUGCCCGAUUUUUCACCACCCCCUCUCAGGCCAAGGGCAUUGAUUUCCAGCUCUUCCUGAAGGCCCAGGUGCGGAGGAUUGAGAUGGAGGACCCUUGUCUCAUGCUGGCCAGCAGGUUUAAGCAAGUGCAAACACUGGCCGUCACUGCCGAUGCCUUCUUCUGUCUCUACUCCUAUGUGUCUAAGACACCUGUCCAAAAGUUCACACCAUCCCACAUGUUCUGGAAUUGCAACAACGCAACUGAUGUGCCAUGCAUCAAGAUUCUGACCCCAGAACCUGAACCUCACUCACCCAGAGAGCGCCUCCGGAAAGCCAUCUCCAAAAUGUGCCUGUACACAUGCCCACGAGAUCGGCUCUCACCACCUGACAACACCCCUAAAAGGAACAGUUUAGACCAAGUGGUGUGGGAGGUGAUGGACAGAGUGAGAGGAGAGAAGUUGGUCCUCCAGCAAGACCCUGGGUUUGGGCCAGGCCCAUGGGGAGAUCCUGUGCCCCCUGUCAGGGAUACAAAGCUGCCCACUUCUUCCUGUCCAUGUGUCCUCUGCCCUAAAGAGGAAACACAGCAGGGGAUGUCUACAACGCAAGCAUCAGCACAAACUUGGGAUUAACCUCGGAUACCCUGUUGCACACAUUCUCUGCCCAGAGCAGAUCUACAGUGGAAUGCAGACCCUGCUCAGGUAAAGAGAGAGAUGUGGGGUCUACAGGCCACCAGUAAGGAAAUCCACUCAGCCAAAGAUGAGACCUUCUGGAAGAGAAAGAGCAGAGCAAGAAAGAGCCUGUUUCAAAAGAAUCCCAUGGGCAGGAAGGUUAAAUCGCUGGACCUGUCCAUCAUCCAACAGAAAUGGAAUCCUAGCCAAGAGAAAACAGAACUGCACCGAUCUCUAACCCAGCAGCUGCAAGACACUUUUGACUUGGAGGUGCAAAGCGACAGUGAGGAGGAGGAUAGCCAUUGGCCCAUCAGACCCAGGAACUCCCACUUCUACCAGACUUUUGCUGGCAAAGACUCAAGAAGCUUUCAACACCACCACCACGGCACAUGCUCUGACAGCAGUGGCUUCAUAGAGGAACCUAAUUCCCACCUCUUCUUGCAGAAAGUUGUUCAGCCUCCAAUAUCUGGCUCCUGCUCCCUGGCCCUACAAACUCCUGAUCUCAGCAGGAGAAAAGCAACAUGGUACCCCAGACAGAAGACCAGAGUGAGAGACUUGGAAUCUCCGUCCUGAUACUGUUAUGAACAACAUGCGCAGAGAUAGACCGUAAGCCGUCACUUCAUUUCUCUGUGCUUUGGUUUUUUCUAGUAUGUGGGUAUUAGUAUUCAUGAGCUACAUGAUAUGGACAGUGGUAAAGUGGCCAAAGAUUUAAUUUUCUCCCAAGCUUUGACACUCCCUGGGACAGUUAGAGGAUUUAGAGAUGAUCCGGUUUGAGGAAUAAGGGUUGCUACUAGAAUACCCUCAAAGGGCUCAAGCUAAAGGAAGAAGAAGAAAUCCCACUUUCAGGCUCUGAAACCUGGUGCAACCUACAGUGGAAUUCCCUCUGUGCCUCUACUCAUCCCUGUGUGCCCCAGUUAAAGUCCAGGAGGUCUUCCACCACCGUACUCAAGCCCUGUUUUUCUUCUUGAGGGCUCACUUGAGAAUUUCCAUUUGAAACCUCCCACCCCUAAAACCAGCUUCUCCCUUUAUCCCUAAUUUUGUAUCUUCAUAGGAAAAGAAAUGAGUGGGAUUCAGAGUCCCUCCUCUUGGCCAUUGCAAAAAAACCCACAGUAUUUUCUGCUGGCAGAAAACGGUACAAAUAAAACUAUGUUUUUCAACCUUGGCACUUUUUUUUAAAGAGAAUUAACAGUUGUGGUUUUUGUCAGACGGAAAAUGCUUUGUCAGCGAAUGAGGCUUAAACACCUCCAGUGCUCUACUAGGCGUUAUGGGGUAUGGAGCAUCUUAGAUACAUUCUUUCCCCAAGAAAAUUUUAGUAGAAUGGGAGAGGUCUCUCUCUCUCUCUCUCUCUCUCUCUCUCUCUCUCUCUCUCUCUCUCACACACACACACACACACACACACACACACACAUUCCUACGGUAAUGUAUUACUUGGUUGCCUAAUACACUGCAAGAUAGCAAAGACCAGGAAAGAAGGAUUCUGUGGAAAGCAUAAUCAUGAUUGUUAAAGAAAAAAAAUCGUGCCAGAUAUGAUGAGCAAACAGUCUAUUUUAUUUCCGUACUGUUGCCAGUAUUACACAGACCUGACUGUCUGGUUGUCUAACUGGGUGGAAAUGAAGGGCUGGAGAGAUUUUAAGAGAGUGUCAGGCAUCUUGGACCAUCCACGUUUGCUGAUUGUCCGUACACAAAUGAAAAGGAACCUACCUACCUGGUAUCUUCUUGACAGGAGGUAGUUUUGCAGCUUGGAGCUAGCCCUUCCCUCUCUUCCCCCCCCUAAAUUAAGCUCCUACCCUCCUGCAGAAACUGGGAGAUGUGAGGGCUCUUCUUGAUAUUUGCCUUUCAGAGAAAUGGUUCUUAGGUCGUAGAGAAAGACUUUCCUUGGUUGUAAAAGUGGAAUGAAGCUGGGAGAAGAUUUACAUCUCAAAGGGACAGAGGUCAGGGCUUAGAGUCAGGAAGAAACCUGUCCAAAGUUUAGUCAAGCUGAGGGGAACUUUAAGGCCAUCCUGAUCCUGACAGAGAACAGAAGGAGCUGACAUUAUUUCAUCUAAAGAGCUUAAUAAGACUAAUAGCCCAUUUGACCUCAUCACCUUGAAGAAAUAACUUGGGGCUGCAGAAGGGGUAACCCUUUCUUUCUGCUUUCUGGCACAGCUUCUGCCAGAUGCUCCUAUUAGAUGCGGGAAUGAAUGCCUGAAGAUUUCAAGAGGGCUUAUUUGGAGGGCGGUGGGGACAGGAUUCCAGAGGCUGGGUAUGCAGGAUAGCCUCUGUUCCUCAGCGGCUUCCUGGGGCUCUGUUCCCUCAGGCCCACACGGCCUGAGAGCCUGGAGUAACUGACCCUGCCCCCACGGAGGAAAAGAAACACUGCGUUCUGCCUCCCCUUCCCUUCCCAGGCGGAUCCUGAAAAACUCUGAAAAGUAAAUCAGAAUCAUUUGUGGAAGAUUCUAUUAUUAGCCUCGGGAACAAAAGCUUCUUCCCACCGCUUGUCUCUCUCCGCUGCUCCCGCCAGCAUCUGCAUGGCUCCACUUUUUGAGUGAUGGAUGAGAGGGGCGGGGUGUGGAGAGCAGAGCCUGCUCAGCUUUUAGGAAAAAGGGAUCAGACACGUGGUAAUUCAGUGGCUGAUGAACUGAAGCGCAGCCACUGGAGUCUCCGCAAGCACCUUAUACUCCUUUUCACAAGCGGGCCCUCUUAUCAGGACUUCCCCUGUGAGCCCAGCAGGAAAGGGGUUAAUAUCUCCAUUCCACUGAGAAAAACUGAGGUCUGAGAGUCAUGGGAUAUCACAGCUUGAAAGGACUGGUCCAGUUGUCUGUAAAGAAAAAAAGGCCCAGAGAAAGGAAAGAAAUGCGUGACCAAGCACACCCAUGCAGGUGGGCUAGAACUCAGGUCCUCUGAUCCGGCCUAGGGGACUUCUUUCUAGUAGAUCCAUUCUCGGUGCUGCCCAAGCAUUUCUGCACAAUCCUCUUUAACCAACACCCUUUCAGGGCUGAUUUAUCUCUGCCACAACCACUCCCACCCCACCCCCCAACAUUUCACGGCCAUCCUGGGUCACCUAGGAAGCCCUGCGAAAGGAAAAGGAGCCUAUCUGGGAUGUCGGACACCCACGGGAAACCGGCUGCUCAUACUUGCAGCCCGCAAGGCAUUAUGGCAAGUGUCUUUAUGCAAAUUGCAGCUUCCAAGUGAAUUCUAAGAAUAGGCUAGAGAAAGACAGGGUUCUUACAGGGAGCUUGUUUAAAGGACAGUAAUGUGCGUGGAGCUGGAGAUGGCUUUCCGGAACUACAUUAAGGCUUCUGAAGGCUGCUGGAGAGAAGGAUGGAGGGCAGGGACCAUGGGAAUGGGGAUGGAGGGACCAAAGGUACUUAGCUGGCUUGCAGAGACAUCCAUAGUUACUAAAAUCUGAGGACCGAGUGGUUAUUUCAAGUUAGCCCUUCCUUCCCAGGAGUCUGCCACUACUUAGAGUCACAGCUCAAGAGAGCAAUGAGGAUUUAAACCCUACUUGGGGCCCCAAACUCAUGGAAACAAAUAUAUUUAUUUGGAUCAUUCACUAGCCUGCUGUGUGAUUUAAGCAAGGUGCUUAAAACUCCCUAAGUUCUCCACUGUAAAGAUACUGAUAACUGUCCUGUCUAGUAUAUUGGAUUGGAGCAAGUGAAGUAAUGGUAUAAAAGUGCUUUUAACACAGCAAUAUUUAUUCUAGGAAGGAGUCUCAGGAGACAGAAAUCCCGGACUCACAGCAUCAGAAUGUCAGUAAAGUGAGGAGGUAGGACCAGAAUCUAGUCACUCACUGACUUUAUUCAUGGCUGUUGCAAUAGCAGAGAGAGGCCAGAAUUAAGCCUGAACACAACGCUGCUGAAACCAGAGUAAUAGUUUUUGAGGGCUGAAGUGAAUUAAUGGAAAAGCACCAAAGGACCUGAGGAGGUGGUCACAGACCAUCUGUACUUGCUAAUUGGCUUUAUCCAAAGGAACAAUCUCUCUAUCUUUGGGACAGAAGGUAGUUUCUCAACUUGCGCUAGGUGUCCUCUGAUGUUAGACUCCUACCCUCCAGCAGAAACUGGGAGAUAAGGGUACUAAUCUUCUUUGAUGAUUAUGUUCCAAAGAGAUGGCUCCUAGGUCCUUGUGAAAGACAGCCCUGUGUUGUAAAACUGUCAAGAUACUGGGAGGAGAUUUACCCAAAGGAAUUGAGGAAGAAUUUACAAUGGCAAAUGUUGGGAGCUUGGGGGGGGGGGUAUUUUUGAUAUGGUAGGGUUUUAUUUUCUUUAUUAUGCUUUGUUUUUUACUUUUUAAAUUGAAGUAUAGUUGAUUUACAAUGCUGUGUUAGUUGCAGGUGUAGAGCAAAGUGAUUCUGUUAUAUAGAUAUAUACAUAUAUUUAUUCUUUUUCAGAUUCUUUUCCAUUAUAGGUUACUACAAAAUAUUGAAUAUAGCUCCUUGUGCUAUACAGUAUGUCCUUGCUAUUUACAUAUUUUAUAUAUAGUAGUGUGUAUAUGUUAAUCCCAAACUCCUAAUUCAUCGCUCUCACUCUUUCCACUUUGGUGACCAUAAGUUUGCUUUCUACAUCCAUGAGUCUGUUCCUGUUUGGUAAUAAAUUCAUUUGUAUCAUUUUUUAUAUUCCGCAUGUAAGUGAUAUCAUAUAUUUAUCUUUCUCUGUCUGACUUCAUUUAGUAUGAUAAUUUCUAGGGCCAUCCAUGUUGCUGUAAGGAUGGUUUUAUUUCACAUUUUUUAUGGCUGAGUAACAUUCCACUGUAUAUAUUAUAUACAAUGGAUGUGGAUGAUAUAUUAUCCAUUCACCUGUUGAUGAACAUUUAGGCUCUUUUUGUGUCUUAGCUAUUGUAAUAAUGCUGUGAUAAACAUUGCAGUGCAUGUACAUUUUCAAAUUAGAAUUUUCUGUGGAUAAGUGCCUAGGAGUGGGAUUGCAGGAUGAUAUGGCAACUCUAUUUUGAGUUUUUUAAGGAACCUCUUUACUGUUCUCCAUAGUGGCUGCACCAAUUUACAUUCCCACCAACAGUGAAGGAGGGUUCCCUUUUCUUCACACCCUCUCCAGCAUUUGUUAUUUGUUGACUUGUUAAUGAUGGCCAUUCUGACCAAUGUGAGGUGGCACCUCAUUAUAGUUUUGAUUUGCAUUUCUCUAAUAAUUAGUGGUGUUGAGCAUCUUUUCAUGUGCCUGUUGGCCAUCUUUAUGUCUUCCUUGGAGAAAUGUCUAUUUAGACCUCUGCCCAUGUUUUGAUUGGGUUGUUUUUUCUUAAAAUUUUAAGCUAUAUGUUGUGUUUGUGUAGUUUGGAAAUUAAUCCUUUGUCAAUUACAUCAUUUGCAGAUAUUUUCUCCCAGUCCGUAGGUUUUCUUUUCAUUUUUUUUAUGGUUUCCUUUGCUGGGAAAAAAGCUAUACGUUUGAUUAGGUCUCCUUUGUUUAUUUUUUUUCUUUUAUUUCUUUUGCCUUGGGAAACUGACCUAAAAAAAUUGCUAUGAUUUAUGUCAGAGAAUGUUUUGCCUGUGUUCUCUUCUAGGAGUUUUAUGGUUUCAUGUAUUAUAUUUAAGUGUUUAAGCCUACAGUGGCAAUUUCUCUAAAGGGAACACUCAAAGAAAAUGGAGAUCAGUUGCCUAGAGUCAAGAAGACAUCUGCCUAAAGCUUAGUUAUGUUGAAGGGACUAUUAAGGCCAUCCUAUUCAAUAAUAAUAAUUGCAUUUACUUCAUAAGCUUCCUGUGAGCAUCACAUGAUUUAUUCUAUGGAAGAGCAGAGCAGAGCAGAGAGCCUGGCACUUAUUAAUCAUGAGAGAAGGGAUUUAAGUUGUUAUAAUAUUACAAAUGAGGUCUGAGAUUUUGUCCAUUUUUUUUUUUUGAGGUUUGUUAAUUCUCUAGGACAUGAUGACUUAAAUACCAGAAAACAAUAUUUUUUUUCAUGAAACCACUGUAAGUCUCAAUUUCCUGGGCAUCAGUUUCUAUUCUUAGGUAGUUUUCCAAGGUGAAUGUUUAACCUCCAGUCACUUUCCUGCCCUUGCUCAGCACUCAUUCUGCUGAGCAAAGUUUUUUAUGGCUGAGUAAUAUUUAGCCAUAAAUAGUAAUUAUUCACUUAAGCUCUCAGGAAAUAUAAACUGACUUCACAGUCUUUAUAAACCAAAACAAAUUAGUGAUGUGAAUCUUCUAGGGGUGGAUAAGGCUUAUGUUUGGUGCUUAUUAAAAUCUAACCCAACAUGACUUUUAUACUGUCUGCUAGUUGGCAUAAUCAUUUCCCCCUAUUACCAACCUCUUUGUUUAGUGUGAAGAUGGGAAUUAAUAGUAUGGGGGUAUCCAAGGAGGACCUCUGCUUUAUCCAUCCUUCCUCAGUCCUGUCUCAUGAGGACAUGAUUCCAUAUGAGGCUAUGAUGGGAGACCUGAGCCUGGAGGGCAGAUGAGUCCAGACACUUCCAUUGACCCUGUUGUGUAAAGAUCUUCUAUCCUAAGAAAAUUUCUUUCUCAGAUGUUUAGUGCAUAAUAAAUUUACCAUUCCUUAAUACAACUGUCUUUCAUAUGCAUUCCUGUGACUAGACUUGGUCCCCAGUAAACAAUCAUAUGCAAGCAGGUGAUGUCUCUACAUGCCAACAAACAAGCAACAAGGUUGCAUGUGUUCACACCCUUGGGCCCAUUACUUGUAUACACCAUACUUCAGUCAGAACUGGUUAGGGAGAGUUACUUAGGCCCAGCCAUGAAGGCUACUUACUAUUGUGUGAACCUUAUCAAGUGAUCUUUACCACUUACUCUCCUUGGACCUCAGUUUCCACAUUUGUUAAAAAUGAUAAUCAUAAUAUGAGGUCAGCUCUCCUCUCAGGGUUUGUUGUGAAGACCAGAUGAAAAGUAAGAGUGCUUUGCAAAGUGUAAAUCAUAUACGUAACAUGGCAUUAUAUUAUUUAUUUUUCAUAAGUUCCAUUGAAGGCACAGCUAUUCUCUUUUUAUAUCCUACCACUUCCCAAAUGUACCUUUAAAUUCAACAUUAUUAGUAUAAUCAAAAUCAAAGUUACUGUAUUGAAAGCAUUUGAAGAAAAAAUGCAUUGUUCAGCAUUCUUCCUUUGGCUCUCAUCACUGUGAGUCAAGAUAAAGUCAUUUUCAGUCAGGUACCUUCUGAGCUUGGCACGUACAGGAAAAAUAGAGGAAUGAAUAUGAGAUUUCGAAACCUCAGAGUCGGAAACCUUGGCUUGUGCUUCAUCUUAGCUCUAACCUACCGUCUGAUCCUGGACAAGUCUCCUUCCCUCUCAGAGUCCUCAUCCACUUCCUGUUACACCUGUAGCAGCCCCUUAAUCCAUAGCCCCCUUUCCUGCCACAAUUUUUAGCUCCAGAGCCUAUAUUAUUUAACAUUCUGUGUUUACUUAUUUAAUUUGUUUAUGGCCUCUUUUUCCUUAAUAGAGUAUAAACUCCUUGCAGGAAGGCACUUUAUCUGUUUUGUUCACCACUGUGUCCUCGGGGCUAGAAAAGCCACCUGAUGCGUAAGAAUCACUUUCUUUGAUAAAUCAAUGAACCAGUGAAGAAUGAGGAGAUCAGAUUAAAUGAUCUCAACUAUUAACCAUUGAAUCUUUGAUUUAAUCUUGAGGUAUUUCAUCAUUUGUUUUCACUCCACUUUGUAUCAUCUUCCUCCAAAUGAACUAUAAUAAAUGCUCCUCACCAUCUCAUGAACUUAACAGUAACCACAAAGAUUCAGGAGGGAUGCAAAGCUUUUCUCAUACAUUCAAAUAAAGUCCAUGUUAGCUCUUACACCAGAAAUGGCUCCAAAUUUGUCCCACAAAUAAAAUGUGUCUCCCAAGAUAUAUUAAAACUAAUAGAAGACAGGCACUGGGACAUUCUCUUUCUCUGCAUACCCGAAGGAAGAAGGUGAGACAUUUGAAAGUGGGGCGCUAGUAGUAUCUGAAGAAAUAGUAGAGGAAAAUUUGGGAUUCACUCCCUCUGCUUGAAUAUCCCAAUACUUCAGAAGGAAGAAAGAAUAUUGCUCUACCAGGCAAGAAGUGAUCCUUCCCAGAUGGAGAGAGAAGAGUGAUAUGAAUUUUCUAAGUUGCCUGUUGCCAAAAGUGCCUUGAAAAAUAGAUUGGACUGUUUCAGUCAGUCCAAUGGGCAUAAGGAUGAUUCAGGUGAAGAGAAGGCAGAUUGAGUGAGAAUUGAGUUGUUGCUUUACAUGAUUAAGCCAUGUUGUUACCUGCAGAGAAUGGGGAGCAAUUGUUCUUCCCUGCUGCGGAAUGGGAGGAGAGAAAAAAGUUAAGAUUUCAGCAGAAUGAAAUUAAGACUAAACCCAAGGGGGGUACUGUUAGUAAUAACCAUAAGACAACAUAGUAAUGAUGACUUAGCAAGAUGCUACAAUAAAUUUCUGCUUUACAACUCUUUGAAAACAAAAAUUCUCCAAAGAAUUCAAAGGACAGUGAAAUCAGAAAAACUUUAAGGAUUCAUGGCAAUUGAGAUAUGUCCUUAGAGAUCAAUAUGCUUCAAGUCAGAAAGAAGUGUUGGAAGUAGAAAGAGGUAAUUAAUCCCACUUGACCAAUUUUCCAGGUUUUAUCCAAGGAAGAAAAUUGGUUGAAACCACUUGUUCCCUCCAUAUGGCUGUACCCCCUUUAGAAUGUCUGUUAAGUUGAAUAAUGAGAGAAUUUUGUGGUGCAUAAGAGGAGCAUAGGUUGUUUAAAUGUCAAAAGGAACACAUUCAAGAGCCAGAGAUAUUCUACUUGAGACAUGAACUGUGUGUGUGCAAAUAUUAGCAAUUAAGAGGAAGAUGGUGGCAGGUAGGAAAGAGAAAGUUCAACUAGAUCUCAUUUGAACCCAUAAUGAAAUCUUGUCUCAUUAAGAUAAAUAUUAGAAGGAGUUUCCACCAUGGCUUAGUGGAAAUGAAUCUGACUAGCAUCCAUGAGGAUGCAGGUUCGAUCCCUGGCCUCGCUCAGUGGGUUAAGGAUCCGCGUUGCGGGUGAGUUGUGGUGUAGGUUGCAGAUGCGCCUCGGAUCUGGAAUUGCUGUGGCUGUGAUGUAGGCGAGCAGCUACAGCUCUGAUUUGACCCAUAGCCUGGGAACCUCCAUAUGCUGCUGGUGUGGCCCUGAAAAGACCAAGAAAAGAAAAGAUAAAUAA